AAUCCGAAUAUCGGCAACUUCAUAGUAAAUAUUCCAAAUUCUGAUCAACAAAAAGAGGCAAGGCAACAACCGAAAAACCAAAGGAAAAGGAAAAAAGAAAAUGCUGAGAAUUGUGUUGCCGAAGCAAGUUUCUUCUGCUUACCGUUGUUUACUGUUGAACAAACCACCUUCUACUUCUCCUUCACCUUCCUUUCCUUUGCUUAGAAACUCUUCUAUUUUCUCUUAUUCUUCUUCUUCACAAUCAGAAAUUCCACACAGCAAUCUCGUCGAACAGUUGGAGGACAACAAUGUCCAAUCAUCGACCACAGUCUCCGUCGAUCGCUCCGGCCUUUAUAACCCUCCUCAGCAUUCUCAUGAACCCAAUUCGGAAUCGGAGCUUUUCAAACAUCUCAAAGGAAUUAUUAAGUUCCGAGGUGGUCCAAUUACAGUAGCAGAAUAUAUGGAAGAAGUUUUAACAAAUCCAAAAGCUGGAUUCUACAUUAAUCGAGAUGUAUUUGGGGCUGAAGGUGAUUUCAUAACAUCUCCUGAAGUUAGCCAGAUGUUUGGGGAGAUGGUUGGUGUAUGGGCCUUGUGUUUAUGGGAGCAAAUGGAACAGCCAAAAAGGGUGAACUUAGUUGAGCUUGGUCCAGGGCGAGGAACUCUUAUGGCUGAUCUUCUGCGUGGAGCUUCCAAGUUUAAGAGCUUCACUGAAUCAUUGCAUAUUCACAUGGUAGAGUGUAGUCCUGCAUUGCAGAAGCUUCAACAUCACAAUCUUAAAUGUGUGGAUGAUAAUAAUUCCUGCGGAAGUGGUGAAGAAAGGACUAUUAGCACAUUGGCUGGGACACCUAUAUCAUGGCACACUUCACUGGAGCAGGUUCCCACAGGAUCACCAACAAUCAUCAUCGCCCAUGAGUUUUAUGAUGCUCUACCAGUUCAUCAGUUUCAGAGGGCUUCUCGUGGCUGGUGUGAGAAAAUGGUUGAUGUUGCAGAGGAUUCUAUGUUUCGUUUCGUUCUAUCUCCUCAGCCAACUCCUGCCACUCUUUAUUUAGUGAAGCGGUGCAAGUGGGCUGCACCUGAAGAAAUAGAGAAGCUUAAUCACAUUGAGGUCUGCCCAAAAGCAAUUGAUUUGACUUGUACAAUUGCCAAGAGAAUAAGUUCUGAUGGAGGGGGAGCCCUUAUAAUUGAUUAUGGUUUAAAUGGAGUAGUCUCAGACAGUCUGCAGGCAAUCAGAAAACACAAGUUUGUCGACAUACUAGACAAUCCUGGGUCGGCUGAUCUCAGUGCAUAUGUUGAUUUUGCUUCUAUCAGGCACUCCGCGGAGGAAGCUUCAGAAGAUGUUUCUGUCCAUGGUCCAAUUACCCAGUCCCAGUUUCUGGGUUCUCUUGGCAUAAAUUUUCGCGUAGAGGCCUUGCUGCAGAACUGUACAGAGGUACAGGCUGAGUUCCUAAGAACAGGAUACUGGCGUCUGGUGGGUGAAGGUGAAGCUCCAUUUUGGGAGGGUCCCGAAGAACAGGUGCCCAUUGGAAUGGGUACCAGGUAUUUGGCAAUGGCUAUUGUGAACAAGAAGCAAGGUAUUCCAGUUCCAUUUCAAUAAAGUUGGAAAUGCUUUCAUGUUUUGAAAUAUAUUAAAAUGUUAAGCAUUUGUAACAUUAAUAGUUUAUUAUAGCAACCAAUAAAUUUCUAAGGUCUGUGUUUCUUGCAAAACCUGGUUCUACUUAAUCUACGGUGAUUGAAUUUAGAUUUGGUUUUGCCAAAUGGUCA